AUGGACAAUAAGCUGGAUGUUUCGGAAGUCGAAGAUAUUUCAAUGAUUGGUACUGGAAUUUUUCACUUAUCUGACGUCCCAGAGAUAUCAGAGGUAUUAGAAUCGACUGGCCUUAGCCCCCUAACUUCCUCCUUGGAUCAGACACUCACUCUGCAGGAGGAUAAAGCCCUUUCGUCCGAAGUUAACAUGGGCAUUGAGGAUACAUGGACUGAAGCGAAUAGUUCGACGUCAGAUUAUGCGAUUCCUCUUCCACCUCCGCCCGGACUGAACGAUUUCGCGGAUGUCGGUGCUGAUCCCAUCGGUGAUUCCGGCACUGGCAUAGAGCACGGCCCGUUCCUGCCACCCAGCACACCGACGCUUAAUAAUCUGUUCGCGGAGGCUGGAGACUCCCACGAUGAGUCGCCAAUGGAGGUGGUAGUCCUGCCAGCUGGUGUGUGUGGUCUUCGUAACUUGGGUAAUACCUGUUUUAUGGCAGCUGGGUUGCAAUGUUUGACCGCGACUCCUCCUGUCCUACGACAUUUCUUGGAUUUACAGCAGAAAGGUGAGAAACUGCCCCCACCCGGAUCGCUAAUGGCACAUUUUAGUGUACUCCUGGGGAAAAUGUGGUCUGGCAGAUAUAGCGUGCUCAGACCAACAGAGUUUAAGCAGACCUUGGGAGCGUAUCAUUCGCAAUUUAAGGAUUACAGACAGCAUGACUGUCAAGAAUUUCUGGCGCUUCUACUGGAUUCCCUUCACGAGCAAAUGAACACAGCAAAGUGUGCCAAGAACUGUCAAGUUCCGCUGUCCACAACCACUGCCAAUUCUUUUAACUCUGUCGAGAACUCAAACGGGAAAACCCUUUCUCCUGUCACUGCCACGGCCAAUUCCAACUGUAAUCCAGAUCUUCUGGAGAUGUACGAGUGCUUGUCGCCAGAGUGUCCAAAUAGUCCCAAUGUGACGAUGGCUGGUUCACCAAGAGAUUUCGAUUCGUCAAUUGGAGAACUGGACAGUAUCACGAAUUCUCCACGGGACUCGCCGUUGAAUGGUGAGGAGGACGAGGAGACAUUGGAUUCAGACGAGACUGCCGAGGCGAGGUCGAGCACUUUCAUUCACAAUAAAGUGAACGAGGAGGGCACGAACGACGCCGUCACGCCGACGCGGUCCCUGCGACUGGACACGUUGAUCGAGUUGUCGAAGAGCGUGCCGCAGUACGGCAGCCUGUACGACAUUCACAAAGAGGCUAAGACCAGUAACGCCAAUUUCUUGGUGACGCAGCAGGAGUGUAACAACGAGAUCCACUACGACUCGCAAAAGUUCCCGAAGGACAACGCUCGCAGAAUGCCGUUGGACAACUCGAACCUGAUGGAGAACCACGACUUCGACAAUAAGAGCGUCAGCAUCAAGCGCAUAAAGGAGGUGAACGUGCAGAAGGUGAACGGUAGCCUCGACCACGCGUCGAGCGGCUCGGAGAUCGAGUACGACAGCGGCCUGGAGAAGUGCAACGUGAAGCGAAUGCGACUCGACGACCAGGAGAAGAAUCACAAGCAGGACGGACUCGGCAGCGAGGGCACUCAGUGCUCGCGUAUCUCGCAGAAUUACGGGAACGGCGCCAUCGCCGCGCAGGACGAGAUCGAGGCGGACAAGCAUUGGGUGAAACACCUGCGAUCCAACAGGAGCAUCAUCGUCGAUACCUUCCAAGGCCAGUUCAAGAGCACGGUCGUGUGUUCGGUAUGCAAUCAUGUUUCUGUUACGUAUGAGCCUUUCAUGUACUUAUCGGUACCGUUGCCCCAUGCUAUGGAAAGGCAGUUGAAUGUAACGUAUGUUCCUGCGAACGGUGAUCAGCCCAUGAGGUGUGUCGUUUCCUUAAACAAGCAGUCACGAAUCGGCAAGUUGAAAGAGGAAUUGUUAAAGACACUCGGCAAGGAGAAUAUUUCGGUGACUAAUAUUGCGCUCGCCGAGGUCCUAGAAAAUCACAUAGCGAAGAUUCUGGAUGACAAUACACUCUUGAGACACGUCAAUGAUACGAAUCGAUCGAUAUACGCCUUUGAACUCAUGGAACCUCCCGAUGCGUACACUUCAGUGUCCGAUGGCGGUGGGGAUCGCCCAUUGGAAACGGAUUCCUCCCAGAGAUGUGCGAACACGAGCGAGGAAGUACCGUGCAUGAUCUGCCUCGAGGAGUUGGACGGCGAUUUGAAAAGGCACAGUGGCAACAGCUGUAACUUCAUCAUGUGCGACCCAUGCAUCGAAAAUUACUUCAAGAAUCAAACGGAACCUCAACUGUGUCCGAUGUGUUCCACGUAUAUAACAGUCUCGUCAUUUACGAAGAUAGACCAAACCGGCCGGCCGAGACCUACCGUGCGUAUUCUCAACGUACCUCUAGUACUGAGGCACGACACGACGAAUGAGACGACGAAUAAUCGCAAGGGCACGAAGCUCUUCGGUUACCCGCACUUGAUACGUCUGCCGUCGAGAGUGAACGCACGGGAUUUGUACGACAUCGUCAAGAAAAAUGUGCCGCACGAGGGACACUACACGAUCCAUUUUGUCGAUGGACAAGGUCAUCAUUGUUCGCGAUGUAUGUAUACUGCACACUGUACAGGAUGUAGCGUACCCGAGACGGGGAUGGUCGUGCUACAAAACGGCGACACACUUGCAGUUCGUUAUACCGAGUAUGUUCCUAAAAUCCUGCAUCCUAUUGAUCACGUUAGUGUCAGCAAGCAACGGCCGCAUCAUCCGCUGUCCCUCUACGAUUGCCUUCAAGCCUUUAGUCAAAGUGAAACUUUAGACGAGCACAAUCCUUGGUUCUGUCCUAAAUGUGGGUGUAACCAAUGUGCCACGAAAACGCUCACGGUACACCGAUAUCCCAAGUUCCUUAUUGUAUAUCUUAAACGAUUUGUGUUUUAUGAAUGUGCGAGCAUGAAGCUAGAUGAUAAGGUUACAUUCCCUUUGGUGGGCCUGAGCGUAGGACGCCACCUCUAUGAUCUCUAUGCCUGCGUGUGCCACUUUGGAGGUGUGUCCGCGGGCCAUUACACCGCGUACGCGAAGAAUCCGCGCACGGAUGUUUGGUAUUAUUACAACGACGAGAUUACGAGCAGGCAGAAGCCGCAGGACGAGGACUUCAGCAACGCGUACAUAUUGUUUUACAGUCGACAAGGGACCAACUUAAAACCAUGCAAUAUAUAACAAGUGGUGUACCUAAGUGGAUAAUCCUGUAGAAGCUGUCGAUCAAACGGAGCGCGAGUAAGAGGAGGGUAACGAUCCGGAUUAAUGAGAAGGGUGCAGCACCCGACCCGCAGGGAGAAUGGAUUAAACGUUGCGGUUUUCCCAUGUGUUCUCGCUAGGAAAGUUUGUAUUCGCGUCGUACACGUCGUACAUUUGCAAGGUUUGUUUCCCCUUUGUCUCUACUUUUAUUACGCUUGUGUUUUUCGCCUUCUCCGUGCGUCCACUUCGCCUGCCCUCUAUUAGAGCGUCUUUGAAAGUGCAAUGUGGAGUGUGUACACGAUACGCGCAUAGAUCUUGCGAUCCGUCUUACGUUGGAUAUCGAUAGCUGUCGCCCGUGCAUCUUGGUUACGGUUUACCCCUUUACGAUGCAAUUUUCUCCAAUGAGGAAAUGACAUACCCACGUGAUCAUCGACGGGGGAGGGGUACGAGAGGGCGUUUUGCACCGGCGCGGCGCGGUUUAGGCCUGACCUGUUUCGCGAAUUCGAACCGAAUGAGAAUCGAACGUAUUUGUACUGCAUAUAUUGUAAACAUAUAUCGAAUUUGUACAGUAGAUGGUUAAAUGUAGAAUUCGAGAAUUCUAAACACGUAAUUUAUUAGUGAAUAAAGGUGAGAACGCGUCAUGUGUGUGUGUACGUGUUUAAUGUGUGUGUGUACACAUAUACAUAAAUACGUACACGCAUGCAUGCACGCACACACACACACACACACACACACUUGAAAUCGAACUCUCUUAAGUCACUUGUCAACGGCGGGGCUCCCUUUAUCUUCACCCCCGCCACCUUCGCUCCUUCCCUUUAUCUGUGCGACGAGAAAACGGGAGGACGUUUACUUAUGAACAACGAAGUUACGCUUAUCCGAUAUUCAUUAUUUAACCGAGGAGACAGUAGGAUUGUAAAGCGAGACAAAAAUAUACAACAUUUUACGAAA